AUGAGGUGUCGACUUGUGCGGUACAAGUCUACCGUAGCGUUGCUCCUGCUGGUCGUCUCGACCUCAUCUGUACCGGUUCAAGCCUCUGAUACAAAAGAGAGUUUAAACCCACUUCCAGGAAUUGCAGAUGUGGACAAACAUGUAAAAAAAACGAAGGGGCUUUCGUAUGUGACGAGAAUAGAGAGACAAGAGAAAAGACAAGAUGGACGAAAUUCGUUUGAUCAAAAAGACGGACUGGACAUUAGAAGGUCUGGAUCAAGUGAGGUGAACGUAUCAAUUGGUUCCGAGCUUGAUGGUGCUAGUGUUGAUUCAAAUGGAGUUCAAAUUAACACGAGUACUGGACAAUUAAACGCGUGUAUUGGAGCUGGCUGUGCCCACGUUGCUGCAAAUCCACUCAGUAUUGACCCAUCUGUGGAUUCAAGCGGUAUCCAGCUCCCUGCCAAUUCUUAUGAGAUUGAUACGUCAGUUGAUUCUCAGAAUCUUCACGUUGGAGUUGCUUUAAAAGGAGAUGAUGAUGUCCAGACUUCUGACAGUAUUUCAAGUAUCGAUACUGGUGUCCGAGUUACCAUGAGCGAUUCAAAUGUGGAUGUGACGGAGGAAUCUGGUGGUGUAAAUAUUGGUGUCGGCUCUACUGAUGAGAGCGUAUCUGUUGGGAAGGCUCCACUAUUGAGAUAUACAGAAGAAGGCUCUAUUCUUGUUGAUAUAACGCCUCUUUCAAGCUCAAAUGGGUCGGAUGCUACUGCAGAGCUAAACACCUCGAUUGUUUCUACUGGAGAAUCGGUGGUGCCCAUGGAAACAUUAUCUCUGGCGAAUUCGGUUGAGUUGGGAUCUCACGUCGUGCCGAGCAAGGUCAUCAAGGUUGCCUCAUUCUCAGACAACAACAGCUCUUCAAGCGAGCUGAAGGCUGGAAACGCAAGCUGGUGGAAUGACAGUGGGGGGUACGUACCGUAUACUUCUACCUAUUGUCGAUGUAAGGCAUCAGAGUGUCAGAACGAGUAUCCUGGCGAAUUCAGCCGAUCUACGUGUGAAAGCAAGCUUCCCGAUGGUUCGUGUCCAUUAGGGUACAAGACAUGCGUGUCGACAAAUUCCUACAAGGUGUCGACAUCACAUGUCACUCCAUUUAGUGUUGUAGAAGCAAGAUUUACGAUUUUGGCUGGCGAUAUCGUUGGGGCGUUCAACAACUUAGGAGAGGAAAACCCAAUGGCUCGCAAAAGCAAUUGGUGGAUCACUAUUUCACUUCCUAGUGGUUGGAGAUUCGUUGCAUGGGAAAAUGCUGCAGUCGAAGUAACACUACGACACGACCACAGUGCACAUCAUUCCGCCGUGAGAGUGUAUAGCUGUUCAAGCGUUACGAACAAGAAGAACUGUGACAGUGAUGUCCACCGGUACGGCUUUAUCAAUGUCAUGAAGUUACUUGAAGGCCGCGAGGAUUUAAUGACAUCGAGUUCUAGAGGCCCGAUGACAUUUGUAUUGUUGAGAAGUAUCGUCACAGGUGAAUGUGCUAGCGCUUUUAGUAGCUCUGUGGGUGUAAGUGUGUCGCUAUCCUAUGAGACUUCGUCUGGAACACUGAAAUCUGCUGGCACUUCUCGGCGGACGCGCAAGUUAACGGUGACUUCUUCUGACUCAGCUUCAUUGGCUCAAGAUUUGAACGCUCUUACUCUCGCCACGAUGUCGUUGCCCUCUGUCCGAAGAGGUCGACUGGAUUCAUCACUGUUGUGGAUGGACGAGGACACCGGAGUUAUGAUGCUGUCAUUUUCAACGUCCACUAUCGUUGGCCCCAACUCGGAGAACCCGAAAGUUUGUGUUGAUUUGCGCUCCUCAUAUUGCGCAAGUAAAGGAAUUGAGCCUACUUCAACUGUGCUUUUCGGAUCAUCUACAACGGUUUCGUACGUUCAAGCUGGAAAUCCGUUUCUCCAUCUAUACGCUGGUCCAGGCAAUACAAACCUGAACAUUCAGAGCGACAACACUACGUACUUUUGCGUGACAGACCUUCUUCCUUCAGGGGUAAAUACAAACGAUUCUUGGGAGAUAAAAAAGGCGUUUACAUUUCAGAUUCAGGUAACGAAUGUUAUCUGGGCUGGUGGCUCGGGCCAGAAUGGUAGUGACACAAGUGGCUUUCGUCUACCUCCGCUCGGCGAGGUUAUUUUGAUGGACAAUAACACUGUACUGGGAAGCGAUUGCGCACAAACGUUGGUGAUCGCAAAGACAUACUCGAAGUACACUCUAAGUGUGUACAGCGUGAUUUCAAUCACUUUCUUUGCUGUCGCUCUGGCUGGCGCUGUCCUCAUUACACGAAUGAAUGGUAUUUCGUUCUCAAAAGCGACAUUCUACAACGACAUGACGUCGCUGUCCGUGAUGAUGAUUUUCGUUAUGUGUAUCAUGGGCAACGCAAUUUGGAUUCGCGUAUCAAACUCGUCUUCGGCCCCCGGAACUGACAUCUACUACUUGUUAUACUCGAUUUCUGUCUGUUUCACGUGGACGAUGAUGACUUCGGUGUGCUUUCACUGGGGUACAGUGCUAUUCCACGACGUGGGACCGUCUGGGCGCUUAUGUGUGUUCACCAUCUACGUGAUCAUCAAUGUGGCGUUUUACUGUAUCCAGUUUUUCGGUGUCGUGAGCCUUACAGAUUUCUACAAGUGCACGUACGACGAUUAUCUCAAGAACCCUUUGUACAACAUGCGGCUGUGUUCGAACGAUUACUGCCCCGAUUUACAACCUAGACAGUGGAAAUAUGCGGUGGACAACGUGUGCAAAGAUGUUGCCUACUCAGACUGGUUCUUCUUUCUCCAACGGAGUGCUGAGCUUUUUAUCUUCCUUGCCUCAGUGGUGCUUCUUGCGCUCGGCGCGUUCGUGAUUCAACGCGGGAUACGGCUGAUCGAUCAAUCUGGUGAUAUAUUUGGUGAUCACGUUGUGAAGGUGAUGAAGAAGUCGUUGGUUACCUACUUGGUGGUAAUCCUCUCGAUCGCGCUUGUGCUUGGAACGUCUUGCAUCAUGAACUCCAUUUUGGACUGGAAAAACUGGAGUAUCAACUCUGUCGUUUGGUAUGUUUUCUGCAUAUGGCUUCCGACGUUGGUACCCCCAAUCGGUUUUUUGCUUCUGCAGUGGAAUCCUAGGCUACAUGGGAUGAACUGGAACCCAUCGUUGCACUUUAAGAACCCACAGCUGCUGGGCGAUACGAUGUCAAGUAUUUCUGAUAAGGCUGAAAAUGGCAAUCUCGGCAUCGCAGCAAAUGGCACAGGGCUAAGUGAUGGCUGGGCUGGUAUUUUACGUUUUCCUGACACAGAGUACAUCCCAAUUGGCCAGGAAAAUGUGGAUGGGACGCAGAAUGUGUUGGCACUAGCACUUCAGCUCGUUUCGCCUAUUCCUCUUACGCAUGCAUGCUAUGUUGAGCUGUACGUUGCUGAGAAUAGUACUCCUGAUGCCGACGAAAACGACGUUAUUGGGGACGAUUGCUACGAAGAUCUUUCAAUGUUGAAAUACAAUCGUUCUUCAAUCAGUACGUUCAUCGAAAGUGGAUUACACCAAGAAGGAAUCCUUCAUCGUCGUAGUAAUUCGCAUUCGAUGCUUGGCCCUGGGGCAUUACCCACACCUCUGCCUGUUUCUAAUCCGGUAGCGAGGUGGUCUCGUGUGGGCUUUACCGAAACAGUUUUACCAACGCUGGUGACUGGCAACUCUGAGAACGGCGGCGGCACUGUGACGCAAAUUGCAACUUUCUUGUCGGUACUUCAGAUUCCUAUCAUGCCCGCUAACCCGCUCCUUCGUUUUGUAGUAUACGAGAUCUCGGAGAAGGUUUCAUCACCAGCAUCUGAUGACGAUAUAAGCGAGCCUCGUCCAUUGGUGCGUUCAUCUUCCCUACAGCUUGAUGAGCGUGCUCCAGUCGCUCGCGUAUCCGGUAUGGGUUUGGCACCACCCUCUCGACCCAAGGUUUUCUGUGAAUUUUCUUGUGCGUGUGAUGACAUGCUCGCAGGAGACGAGGUGAACUUGGUGUCCCGACAGGUUUCGCACCGCCCUCGAUCAGCUAAUCCGACAUUUUUGGGUGAUGGAAAGAGUAUAGAUUCCCAAAAUACUGCAGCUACGGCUGAAGCUGCCACCACUGAAGCGGACCUCUCUGCUCCUCGUUUGCGAGUAAAGUCAAUGACUGUGUCCACACGACAACUGAAAGAGAAUUCCGGGUUCUACAUCACUAAGAGUUUUCAGUUUGCCGAAGGAGAUGAAAUGGUGAUUGAAGACAUGAUCGAAAGUCCUCUUACGAACGAACUGCCUCGACAGUACCUGGAACUGCUUGUCUCCGAGCGUACGGAUGAUCUAGCGCGUGCACAAGCUGAAGCGGCAGACUUUGAGGCAAGAGUGAAGAGAGGACUCGUUGGUAAUCUCUACGAUAACUUGAUCGAGCAGAUCCAAGGUGAGAACGACCGGACGGUGGUUCAAACGUGGCUGAACGACCGCGUGCAGCAGCGCAAGAUGUAUGUUGACGCACUGCGUGAGAGUCUCGAGCUGUGUAUCGAUCGUGCGGAAGAGGGGCUCAACUUUAAGGCUAGCACGGAAAAAAAGAGUUCGGUUCUCCGGUUUCUGCCUAUUAAUCUGCACGUGCAAGACAUGUGGGUCGGCCCGACAGCCGAAUUGCGCUCUCAGCGAUCAAGACGGACGUCAGGUAGCGUUCGGGUAUAUCCAACCGUAACGGUGGGUGCAUUUGCUGCACAUUGCUUCAAGUUCCGUCAUGGUGGAAGCAUUCUAAGUUUACGAGCGAUGUUGCAGAAGCGGUCACUGCUGCGCGUACAGAGCAACGUGUCGGAUUCUAGCGGUAUCGAUGUGGUGGACUGGAGUAAUGCAGACAUACGUUCUACCGAUGAGACGCGAUGGCAUCUCACGAAGCGGUUCGAUAUGUGCUUUUCACAAGCAUUGACGACUCUAGUUACGUCCUUCUGCCGUCAGCUGGAGUACUCAUUGCAGCACCCAACGGACCGCUCUUUCUUGCACACCAUCGACUCGAUUGGAUUCCUGUUCCAAGUGGAAUCAUUGUUAUCGACACACGGGAAGGAAAUUGGAAUGUUGGAGGACUUUUCUGCAGCGGUUGAUGCACUGAAACAUGUCACGUUUGUACUCGACACGUCGCCGCCGUCGCACUUGCCAUCAACACUGCUAAAUUUGCACAUGAAGAACACGACGCUGCCCAGCGUCGUGUCUUUACGGUUGAGUAAGGGGUCUGUCAAGGGAACAUUCAUCGUUGCAGUCGGUGUACGUUGCUUUAAAGACGUGUGCGCUUCCAUUCCGUCUACCAUUCGAUCGGGAGGCUCCAUUUCUGUUACGCCGGUACUUUUCACACAGGGCAUUAACGAAAUGCAGACGUUGGCAAACAGCGCAAGCAGCAAGAAGACGACUUUGCAAGACAUCAUCAAUCGCAAAAGCUUUUGCUUGUUAACGAGUUACGUUGAAAAGUACAAGCGGCUUGCUAUGGAAAGGCCAGAUGCAGUGCCGACGUCCAUGUCGACAAUUGAGCCUCUCCUGAAAUCGCUAGAGGAACAUAUCGCCACUGCUAGCAAGCGACAAGUAGUGAAAUCGAAGCACCCCAAGAUCAUUCAGAAAAGCUCUCAUUUAUGUCGACUGCUGGGCGCUGGACGUGUGACAUCGUGCAAGAGUGCAAAGGAUCGCACGGGCAUGUCGGUGACACUCGAGCAAGUUCAGUUACUGAGUGAGAACCACGGUUUGCCCGAGGAAUUUGCAGUACGUACAGUAUCAACCAUGCGCAGCAAUGGCGUUCGUUUGGAAAACGCAUUCAAGAACACUGGCAAGCGUCAGUACGCUUUUAACGCCUUGCAGCGCUCACUGCUUCCAGACGAAUACAAGUGUCCAGAGGGUACAUGUGGUCGUGGUAACUCUAUGGCGAAAGCAAACCAGCGCCGCGAAUUUAAGCACGACGGUCGUGUCGUAUACGAAUGGGAACAAUCGCUCGAGGAAAUAAAUAUCUUUAUUAAACCGCCACUUGGUGUCACAGCGCAACAAAUUCAAUGCGAUAUUUGCACCAAUCACGUAACAUUGGGACUCCGAGGCGUUCCGGACAAAUUCCUCAAUCACGACCUUUCGAGUUCUGUGGUCGUUGGGGAGAGCUAUUGGAUGCUUGACUCGGGGGAAUUGAAUAUCAAUCUGCAGAAAAUGAAAAAGGGGUUUAUCUGGCCGAGCGUCUUCGUUGGACACGGAGAGUUGGAUCCGAUGCAGCAGGAAGCCACGAAGCAGCAAAUGAUGUUGGAACGUUUCCAGGAGGAAAAUCCGGGUUUUGAUUUUUCGAACGCCGAGUUUAGUGGUGCUGCACCAAAUCCGAGGACGUUCAUGGGAGGCGUCAAGUACACAUGA